CUGCUGAGAAGGAAAAAAGGGGACGCAGCCUUGCACCGACCCAGGUUUCACCCUACCUUGGUAACUCAGUGGUGAGACGCAUCAUGGACCCAGCAGGUCCCCCUCCUUGGAGGUAUGAUCCUUUUGAAGCGGUGGACAGUCGAAUACUGGAUAAUCUAACCCGCUACGUAGCUUUUGAAGCGGAAAAACAGUUGCAGUGUCCAUAUGCAGGAGGAGAAUUUUACCUGACACUAAUGACCCCUAAAGAAAGCUGGCCUAGAAAGGAGUAUGGGUGGUUGCAUGAUCAGCAUAUCGUAAAAGGAUUAAACAUGUUCCGGCAACGGUCUAUGCGGUAUCCAUCUCCUUACAAAGGGGGAAGAGUUGCUUUCCUUGAUCCUAUCUUUUGUCGAGUUUGGUGUGGAGACUAUCGAAACAAAUUUCUACCAAACGAGAAGAGUUGGCUAUUCAGUGAUGGUUAUUUGGACGUUGCCAACGGUCACUACGACCAUUACUUGCCUACACACAAGAAAUGGGGGACAGAUGUUGAUUUCGUGUAUAUCGCCCACAACGUGAACAACGAACAUUGGGUAGCCGUUGAGGUCGACAUUCCCAAAAAAAAGAUCCGAGUGUUUGAUUGCAUUCCAGAUUUAUACAGAAAAGGCGAGGUGGAGGAGUCUGUGAAGCCCUACGCGAGGAUGAUUCCGCUGUUGUUGAAACAUAUGGCACCACCGGAGCUCAAGAAGGGUAUGAAGGAGGGGCAGUUUCAUAUCUACAUGUAUAAAACCGCGGCACUAAACAGACAGACAAGUGCAAUGCAGCUCUGUAGAUUUGGUAUUUUUAUUUGGUAGACUUUUAA